CCAUGGUGUCCCCGCCUUGAGGGGAAGUGAUGAGGUUGUGCUUUGCGGUUGAGAUUGAAAGUGUCGUGUGUUAGUGUAGUUGAGGAGCCAGUGCGCCACGGAUGGUUGAGUGUGCGAGUGCGCAGGAGGGGCGCCGUGAUGGAGGGGCCGCAUGUGGUCCGCCCCUUGCGCCCUGCGCAGUGCCACGCCUCUUUGUUUGACCAGCUCGGCGGCGUGUUCGAGGCACAGCCGUCGCGCUCGUACUCGGGGGACGACGCGGAGCCCGAGCGCCGCGCCGAAGGGAACCCCCUCAAGCGCUCCUGGUCCUUCGACGAGCGCAAGUUCGGGCAGCUGGCCCACGGCGGCGGCGAUGCCCGGGAGCGAGGCCCCGACGCCCACGCCGCCCACCACCCGCGGACAGCCAUGAUGCCGCCGCCGCCGCCCCUCGACCAGGACACGCGCCGUCAGCUGGACGAGUUCGAGGAAGUGAUCUCGCGCAUGGAGACCAUGAGCGGCGGCGACACGUCGUCCCGCCACAGCGCCAUGCCGCCGCCGCCGCCGCCGCCGCCUGCUUACCCGGGCGCCGCCCACGCCCAGCGCUCGCCCGCCCACCACCACCACUUGGGCAUGCAGCAACAUCUUCAUGCACAGCAGUCUCACAUGCCGCCGCCGCCGCCACCGCAGCAACAGCAGCAGGUACAGCAGCAGCCGCAGCAGGAGCUCCUGCAGGCCGUGCUGCAGCAUCACCAGCAGCAGUAUGAGUCUGGCACGGGCGGCCAGAGCGUGGGUGGCUACGAGUGCAGGGGCAGCCAGAUGGAAAUCGGCGGCGAGAAUUUCCUGUCGCCCACCAGCGAGUCGCAUCUCUCCAUCCCGCAACAGGUGUCCCCCCAUGUGUCUCCGCACGUGUCUCAGCAAGUGUCUCCGCACGUGUCCCAGCAGGUGUCUCCGCACGUGUCCCAGCAGGUGUCUCCUCACGUGUCUCAGCACGUGUCCCCGCACGUGUCCCGCCAGGGCUCCCCUCACGUGUCCCCGCAGGUGUCGCCCUUCACGUCGCCGCACACGUCGCCGUCCGCGGCCGCCACGCCGCCCAUCCACUCGCGCCCGUCCACGCCCCAGUCGUGCCCGCCCUCGAGGCGCUCCUCCUCCGAGAUGGCGCCCUCGUCGUUGCAGCUGCCCUCGCUCUCGCAGUCGCUGUCGCAGCCCUCCACGCCGACGCCUCAGGUCAAGAUCGAGGUGACGGGCCCGUGGAGGGCGGGGGCGGGGCGGGGCCAGCGGCAGGGAUGGGCGUGUCCUUGGCCUUCCUCCCCCCGCCCCGCCUUCCAACGUGAAGGCGAUGCCCACCACGUCACGGACGCAGCUGAAGCAGCAGUUGAUGCGCCAGCAGCUGCAGCAGCAGCAGGAGCAGCGCGACAGGGACGCGCGCAUGCAGCAGCAACAGAUGCACCAGCAGCAGAUGCAGCACCUGCAGCCAGGCCAGCAAGGGCGUCCGCAACACCAGCAACACCAACAGCAACAUCAGCAGCACCAGCACCCGCAGCAACAGCCGCAGCUGCAACACCCGCCGCAGCCCGCGCAGCAGCCGCAGGAGCCCAUCGCCAUCCCGACGUCAGUGCCGCAGGAUGUGCCGCCGCAGGUCUUGCAGGUAGGCCCCCCCCCCCAUCGGAUCUCUUAGGGGCCGCUUGCCCCCCCCACCCCCCGCCUCGGUUUGCUAGGCUGUGGUACGCGAGGGGGGGGGAGGAGGAGAAGGAGAAGGAGAAAGGGAAGAAAGAGAAGGAGAAGGAGAAAGAGUAGGGAAAAAAGAGGAG